GGAAGUCGGAGCACGUCGCGUCGGAAGUGGCAAUUAAGAUUUUAACCAAUCACAGCCAAGUAGGAGUGCACGUGGUUGCUUCGUGAGCAAUGGCUACGAACAUGUUGGACGUUGAGCGCUUGAUAGAGAGUGUACGCAGCUGUCCUUGCCUGUGGAAGGUCAACUGCCAAGUAUACAAGGACCUGCGUGCACGAGAAAACGCUUGGAAGUGGAUUGCCAGCGAGUUGGGUGUCUCAGCAGAACUCUGCCAAAAGAAAUGGAAGAGUCUCCGAGACAAGUACGUGAGGGAGGUUAAACUUCUUCAGAAGAAACGUUUGUCCGGGACCGGAGGUCCACCUGCAACGUCUUCGUGGGUUUUCUUCACCGUGAUGACUUUUCUGGACAUUUCCGUGAAGCACAGAACAACAGACAGCAAUUUUUCAUUGCUGGAAAGUCAACAGGAGAGUCAACAACAGGAAAGUCAACAACAGGAGAGUCAACAACAGGAGAACCAGCCAGGAGAGAGCCAGCCAGCAGAGAGUGAACCCUAUGACAGUGAUGAGACAGUCGACAAUCAUGAAAGCAAUGAAGCACACAACAGCUCGGUCAUUUGUCAGGUAGAGACUGGACCGCGUCAACUAAGCAUCACUCCUGCCACCAAAAGAAAGAGACGUCGUAAGGGACCAGAAGACGAGCUAGAGACUUCAAUUGUAGAAAGGCUAAACUCGUUAGACUCAAAGAGGGCUCAUGUCGACUCCGAUGAGGAUGGUUUGUUCGGUAGGCAGAUAGCUGCUACUCUACGGAGAUUUCCCUAUGAGAAGAAGGCGUUCGCAAAGCUCAGACUUCAACAAGUGAUGUUAGAGGUAGAGCUUGGUGGGUCAGGAGAUGGCUUUUCUCUGUUUAGAGAGAGCACCCCAUAGGUCACCAACCAUGCUUGUGUGCAUCACUGUGUAGUAUCCUGUGAUACGUGGCCAGCGACUACACUAUGUGUGGUCUAUAAACCGGCUUUUUUAAAAGCCACCAACUACAUCAGAGAGAGAGAAACUGCAGACUGCUAGCUACAUGACUGAUUGACAAACUCAUUAAUCGACAACAACAGGUCAAUAACUUUCAAUUGUCAUGUUUAACACAUACGUACUUUGGCACUGCCUGUGCCUACAUACUCUUAAUUAAUAUGCUCAUUAUAUUAUCUUGGGAAGUGCUAUUCGUAGCCCAUUUUCAGGUAUGGUAAAUAUGGAGCAUUAACUAUUGUUGCCAUAUGGAGUCUGGAAAAAUAUACUAUCAAUCUAGAACAAAU